CAGAGCUGCUCUGGCCGGAACAGCAGUACAGUGACUGGGGCAGACCCUUGCCGUGCACAGCUAUACCCUGCUACAGUAGCGCUCACCAUGGCGGUGGAGGAGGAGGGGAUCCGGGUCUUCCAGAGCGUGAGGAUCAAGAUCGGUGAAGCAAAAAAUCUCCCGUCAUAUCCAGGACCAAACAAAAUGCGAGAUUGUUAUUGUACUGUGAACCUAGACCAAGAGGAAGUGUUCAGGACCAAGAUAGUAGAGAAGUCACUCUGCCCUUUCUACGGAGAAGACUUUUAUUGUGAAAUUCCACGAAACUUCAGACACCUAUCCUUCUACAUUUUUGACAGAGAUGUUUUCCGCAGGGAUUCCAUCAUGGGCAAAGUUGCAAUACUGAGAGAAGAUCUUCAGAAGUACAACAACAGGGAAACCUGGUUCCAAGUUCAACACGUGGAUGCUGAUUCAGAAGUACAGGGAAAGGUUCACCUGGAACUAAGGCUGAGCGAAGUCAUUACUGACACUGGUGUCAUCUGCCAUAAGCUUGCAGCACGAGUAUUAGAGUGCCGCGGCCUCCCAAUUGUCAAUGGCCAAUGCGAUCCUUAUGCUACUGUGACUUUACUUGGGCCAACAAGGACUGAGUCAAAGAAAACUAAAGUCAAGAAGAAGACUAUCAACCCACAAUUUGAUGAAGUGUUUUAUUUUGAGGUGACCAAGCCAAGUAGUUACAAUAAGAAGUCUCAUUUUGAAAUAGAAGAAGACGACGUAGACAAAAUGGAGAUUAGAGUUGACCUGUGGAAUGCAAGCAACUUAAAAUUUGGAGAUGAAUUUCUUGGAGAGCUUAAAAUUCCAUUAAAGGUCCUACGACAAUCCAGCUGCUAUGAUGCAUGGUACCUGCUUCAACCAAGAGACAAUGGCAAAUCGGGAAAGCCAGAGGAUCUGGGGUCAUUAAGGUUAAAUGUGGUUUACACAGAAGAUCAUGUGUUUUCUAGUGAAUACUACAACCCCCUCCGAGACCUUUUGUUAAAAUCUGGUGAUGUUGAGCCUGUUUCAGCAUCUGCUGCACAUGUGUUGGGUGAAGUGUGCAGAGAAAAACAGGAAGCUGCAAUACCUCUGGUGCGACUCUUUUUACAUUAUGUGAAGAUUGUGCCAUUCAUCAGCGCAAUAGCAAAUGCUGAAGUGAAGAGAACGCAAGAUCCAAACACAAUUUUUAGAGGCAACUCGUUAACAUCAAAAUGUAUAGAUGAAACCAUGAAACUGGCUGGGAUGCAUUAUCUGCAAGUUACGUUAAAGCCUAUUAUAGAUGAGAUAUGCGAAUUGCAUAAACCCUGUGAGAUCGAUCCAGUGAAGUUAAAGGAUGGAGAAAACUUAGAAACAAACAAGGAAAACUUGAAGAAUUACGUUGACCAGAUUUUUAACGUCAUUACAAAAUCCGGAGUAAGCUGCCCUACUGUUAUGUGUGACAUUUUCUUCUCUCUGAGAGAAUCUGCAGCAAAACGCUUUCAAGGUGACCCUGAUGUAAGAUACACGGCUGUGAGCAGCUUCAUUUUUCUGCGGUUUUUUGCACCUGCCAUCCUGUCUCCUAACCUGUUCCAGCUCAGCCCUCAUCACCCAGAUCCACAGACAUCCAGAACCUUAACACUUAUCUCCAAGACCAUACAAACACUGGGCAGCUUAUCCAAGUCCAAAUCAGCCAGCUUCAAAGAAACCUACAUGGCUGCUUUUUAUGACUACUUUAAUGAGCAGAAGUAUGCUGACUCCGUUAAAAAUUUCCUGGACCUAAUUUCAUCUUCUGGAAGACGUGACCACAAAAGUAUAGAGCAACCAAUCGUGCUCAAAGAAGGAGUUAUGAUCAAAAGAGCUCAGGGAAGGAAGCGCUUCGGUAUGAAGAAUUUCAAGAAGCGAUGGUUUCGCCUUUCAAACCAUGAGUUUACAUACCAGAAAAGCAAAGGUGAUCACGCACUUUGCAAUAUUCCAAUUGAAAACAUUCUAGCAGUAGAGAAAGUGGAAGAGGAAUCCUUCAAAAUGAAGAAUAUGUUUCAAGUCAUACAACCAGUCCGUACUUUGUAUAUUCAAGCAAAUAACUGUGUGGAAGCAAAGGAUUGGAUAGAUAUCCUCACCAAAGUCAGCCAGUGUAACAUGAAGCGUCUCACUGUUUUCCAUCCCUCUGCGUAUCUAAAUGGACAUUGGUUGUGCUGUAAAGCUAUUUCAGAGAAUGCCCCUGGCUGCAGUCCCUGUACUGGUGGUCUACCAGCAAACAUCCAAAUUGUCAUUGAUGGCGAUAGGGAAACAGAGCGCAUUUACUCCCUCUUUAACACUUACAUGCACAAGCUAGAAAAGAUGCAAGAGGCUUGUGGUAGUCGGUCAGUGUAUGAUGGCCCUGAACAAGAAGAAUACAGCAGCUUCAUUAUAGAUGACCCUCGUGAAACCUACAAAACACUAUGUAGCACUAUAGAAGCUGUUAAGACAUUAGAAGAGGAGCAUGCUCAGUACAAACGGGAUAAAUUCAAGAAGACUAAAUAUGGAAGUCAAGAACAUCCGAUAGGAGAUAAAAGUUUCCAGACCUACAUCAGGCAGCAGUCUGAGGUGUCAACACAUUCCAUUUGACUUGCCAUAGGAUGCACUUCAAGGAUUACAAAAGGAAAUGUCUCUUCCUACCCAUAUUAAUAGGAGAGUGAAGUCUUUGUGAGAUUCAGUGUUGUAACACUGUGUGUGGAACUCAAAGCAAGAUAUGCUGAGUUUUUGUGGAUGUUUUCAAGACUGUUACAGAGUUGUAAUGCACUUUAAUCAUCUGAAACAGAUGACAACAUACUCUUUUUAUAUAGCUUCUCUUGAUGACUUUACCCCUCUGAUCAGUUCAAUGAACUGAUCCACUAAUGCCUCUUUUGCUUCCCUUUGUGAUAUAAAAUACGCAUUCCUGGACCUGUACAGUAAACCUUACAGCGUGUUGAUACUUUUCUGCCAUUAGGGGGUGCUGAAACACAGAUUUUUCUGCCUGAUUCUGACUCAGGACUGCACUGUAAAUACUGGGCGCUUAAUAAAAUUGGAAUCACAGUAGGAUAUAAAGAGGCCUAUACAUCCACGAAGAUUUGUUCAAGGCAAUGCUAUAUCAAAGUAUUAAUUAAU